AUGGAUACGGGGUUCGGAAACGUUCUCGUGGUGGACAACAUCCCCGUCGUGAACGAGGAGAAGUCCGGCAAGCUCAAGGCGGUGCUGACGAAGAUCUUCUCGGCGGCGGGGAAGCUGCUCGAGAACGGCCUGGUGAUGCCGAUGGGCGCCAACGGCAUGUCGCACGGGUACUGCUUCGUGGAGUACGAGAACCCGGAGAUGGCCACGAUGGCGCAGCGCCAGCUGAACGGCUACAGCCUCGACAAGAAGCACACGUUCGCAGUCAACUUCUUCAACGACCUCGACAGGUACAAGAGGGUGCCCGACGAGUACCAGGUGCCGAGGGGGCAGGAGUACAAGGCGGUGGACACGAUGCACAGCUGGCUGCUGGACGCCCGCGGCCGCGACCAGUACCUGAUGCGCUUCGACGCCAACAUUGCCGAGGUGUCCUGGAACGACGCCAAGCGCGGGUCGCGCGAGGUGGUGUUCUCGCGCCCGGGCUGGACGGACGGCGUGGACUGCGCGAUGUGCUUCUCCCCGCACGGCAACAUGGUCGCGACGCUGCACGAGAAGGGUAUCGCGGUGUGGGGCGGCGAGGACUUCCAGCGUCUGCAGCGGUUCGAGCACCACUACGUCAAGUGCAUCGAGUUCUCCCCCAACGAAGAGUACCUCGUGUCGCUCUCCGCGCGGGUCCACCGCGACCGGCCGGCCAUCGUGGUGCGGGUGUUCCACACGCUGUCCGGGAAGCUCCUCCGGGAGUUCGAGGGCUCGUACGCGGACAUGGGUCUGCCGCUCCCCGAGCGCGGCGGCCCGCUGGUGAUCCCGCACAACCCGUUCAAGUGGCUGGGCGGCGCUGAGGACAAGUACAUGGUCAAGAUGGGCAACGGCGUCGUGUCCGUGUACGAGGCGCCCACGAUGCAGCUCCUCGGGAAGCAGUCCAUCAGGCUCGAGGGCCUGCACUCCUUCUCCGUGUGCCCGUCGGAGCCCAUCAUUGCGUGCUACCAGGAGGAGGGCCCGAACCGCCCAGCGAGGGUGGUGUUGAUCGGCAUCCCGGAGAAGCAGGAGAUCCGGCAGAAGAACCUCUUCAGCGUGGACACCGUCGACAUGUUCUGGCACCCCCAGGGCCACUACCUCGCGGCCCUGGUCCGCAAGAAGUCCAAGACGGGCAAGUCGACGACCUCCAACUUCGAGUUCUUCAGGUUGAACGAGAAGGGCAUCCCGUCCGAGGUCAUGGACCUGCCCGUGAAGACGCACUCGUGCACCGCGUUCGCGUGGGAGCCCAAGGGGUCGCGGUUCUGCAUCGUGCACGGCAACGGCCCGCGCCCGGACGUGUCGUUCUACAACAUGGCCGGCGGGAAGGCUGGCGUCUCGCAAGUGGUGCACGUGGGCACGCUCAAGAACAAGACCGUGUCCCACCCCGUCUGGAGCCCGCAGGGCAAGAACAUCCUGUUGGCCGGUCUGGGCACGAUGGGCAACGGGCAGCUGGAGUUCUUCAACGUGGAGGAGAUGCAGACGAUGAACCUGGCGGAGCACUUUAUGUGCACGGACCUGCUGUGGGACCCCACGGGGCGGUACCUGUGCUCGCUGGUGGACUGCAAGAUGAACCAGAUGGAGAGCGGCCUGACCAUCUGGUCCUUCUCCGGGCGCGAGCUGUACCGCGAGCCGCGCGAGGCGCUGCUGCAGUUCCAGUGGCGCCCGCGCCCCCCGACGCUGCUGAGCGCGGAGGAGGAGAAGCAGGUGCAGAAGGACCUGCGCAAGUACACCAAGAAGUUCGAGCUGGAGGACCAGGCGCUGCUGAUGCAGGCCUCGGACGAGGUCAUGCGCCGCCGCAAGGCGCAGGAGGACGAGUUCCUGGAGUGGCACGCCACGAAGCAGCCCCUGCUGGACAAGGUCAAGGAGUUUGUGCGCGCGCAGUUCCCGCACUGGCUGGUCGAGGGCGAGCACACCGUGGAGACCGUGACGCGCGAAGAGAUCAUCUCCGUCAAGGAGGAGACCGUGUGA